CUGGCAUGGAGAAGGAGAACUCCGCAUCAGGCGGAGGUGGCGGAGGUGAAGCGGCGGCAACGGCAACGUCGGGCUCCACCUCCACCUCCGAGAAGCUCCAGGCGGACCAGGCCAAUCCGCUGCUCGAUCCCACUGCACUUUUUGGUGCGUACUGGCCACGAGGAGAUAGCGCAGCUUCCUCUCUUUUCGGCGGGAUGCCUGGAGGCUACGGAUUGGGGGCACAUCAUUUACCGUCGGCUUACGCCAUUCUUGGCCGUGGGGGUUCAGCUCCUGGUUUUGGGGGUCAUACACCGGCAUCCGCACCACCACCACCCCCGUACUCGCACAGUAGUCUCGGUACUCUCAGCGUGGCUGCCAGUCAAGCUGCGAGUCUGGGUAUCACACCUGCUAGUGCAGCAUGGUGGACAAUGGCCUCUCAUUUAGCUGCCCAGGACUACCUCGCGAGAUUGCAGGGUGCGACAGGAAUCCCAACUUUUCCACCUGGCGCGGAGAGUAUUAUACCGCCUUACCCUGCAUCUCUGUUGAAUCCCCCAUCCCUUUCGUCCCACAAGUCUACCAAGUCCAAGUCGAGUAAAAGUCACAAGACACCGGCGAGCAGCAGUAGCAGUAGCUCGACAACGACGAAUAUGACGAGCAGUAGUUUGCCGGUGUCGAGUCAGGCCACGGUAACACCAACUCAUCACAGUACCUCGGCAAGCACCACGCCAAAUACGCAAACUAACGUUGUUAGCAGCUCUGCGAAGGAAGGAAGCGAUCCUAGCAGUAUAUUGGGAGGUGUGCGUUUGCCUCCUGAUACGGAGAUCAUCAAAUAUACCUCGAGUAUAGUCGGUCCAAAAGUUCCUGGUACGACGAAUCGUGGCAGGAAGAAGACGAUCUCCUUGGAUACACCGAGUGUCAGUGUUCAUCCACCAGCGGUAUCCACGUUGAGUGCACAUCAGACGAACACAACCUCGUCGUCCUUGAUGUUGGAGCCAAGAAAGUACAAUCGUACAGGGACCGAAUCUAACGAGUAUCGAGAGACCGUAGAUCGUGUGGAGGUGAUCAAAUUACCGGCCCACUCAACCAACGGUUCUGUUUUGUCAGCACCGUCUUCGUACACUAGUGGCAAUAACUCGACCACCUCCGCCAAUGACUCAGAUGCUCCAUUAAAUUUAUCCCUUAAACCUUCUUCGACGAGUAGUAGCUCGCCGAUUUCCGGUAGUCAACCGCUCAGUCAACUCAGCAAUCUGAGCCAAUCUUUGCUUGCCUCUGAUCGGACCUCGAGACGAAAACCAGGACCAAAGCCGAGAAGAGUGCCACAAAACUCGGUACCAGUCCCAGCUUCUCCUAGUCCCUCAUUGGCACAAUUAUUUGCUGCUGCGGAUUCGCCCCAAAGGCCGAGCAGCGGUAGCGAGGAAAGCGAGAGUGCCAGUACGACUCAUCACAAGGAUGGUCGUCCACGAAAUCUUGGUCGUGGUGUUUCUAAGCCGAAGAAGAACACCGUAGCGUCGUUGCUCGCACAGAGCAGAGCUUUGGGUAUAAAACCCACUCCAACGUUGGAUCCUAGCGUGCCAUUGUCACACCAAGUCUCGUUGCUGAGGUCGAACAUUCUUGCUGCGCAAUUGCAUGCCUCGGCAACAGGCCAGGUUGACGACAAGAAUCAGCGAUCUUUACAGGAGAAGAUGAAGAACAAAUUGCUGGAGGCGUCGGGCGAGGAAAGCAAUAUGGAUGUAACAAGUGAAAGCGGAAGUAACACCGACGUCGUCACCGACACAGACGACGAUAACGCCGAGGGUACGCCCAGUGCUAAGAGAAGAAAGCUUAAACCUAGCGAAAGGGAUCUUCAGAUGCCCUUGGAACGUGGUUGGAAACGAGAGACUGUUAUUAAGGGACUAGGAAAGACUGGAGUUAUUAAGGGCGAUGUGUCCUAUUAUAGUCCCUGUGGUAAAACAUUUAAGUGCAGUCCCGAUCUUGUCAAGUUUUUGGAACAACAGAUUCCUGCCGAGCUGACGACAGCGAAUUUUUCGUUUUCGUCCCGUCCAUUGGUCGGUGAGUUUCUCCAGCCAACGUUGGGUCUGGCUGAGGCUGAAUUUGUGAGGCUUGGCGCGCAAGAAGUAGCGAGACGUCUCGAAGAGAUAAGAGUUGCCGGAGGGUUCAGGGACAUACGAACUACGAACAAUCAGUACGAGAGAGACAAGCUGGCAUAUGCGAAGAAACUUGCUAAGGAGGAGGCACAACGACACAAAGAACAGGCCAGGCUCAUCAAGGAACAAGAGAAGACGGAACGGCAAGAGGCAGUCAGACGGGAACGUGAAAUAAGAAAUCAACAGCUUCUCGAGGGUCGAAAGAGGCUCGCGUUCACGAUCAAGCAGAAAAUGAAGAUCAUCCAAGAGAUCGAGCGCGGUAAGAGCAAGAGCGACGUCGCCAGAGAAUUGGGCCUUGCGAGUAGCACCGUGGCGACCAUUUGGAAAAAUCGGGAGAGCAUCGCCGAGAGCUGGAGAAAUCGUGACAUUAUGCAACAACAACAGCAGCAACAGCAACAACAACAACAACAACAACAACAGCAGCAGCAACAACAGCAACAACAACAACAACAACAUCAACAACACCACCUGCCGCUUCAUCAUCAACAGCAAUUAGAUCAGGAGGAAGCAAUCCUGUUGAAGAAGCAAACAUUCUCAUCGGUAUCCCCAGUUGCUCUGAGCCUCUGCUCGGGUGCGUCCUCGUUGACGAACUCGAGUGUUACGAAUUUGAGUAUCCUACCGGUUACGACGACGGUUAACGUUGUCCCAACGACUUGCGUUGUCGGUGCAUCGUCUACAAAUGCGAUUUCCCCAACAACGCCUCUUAUGUUGACGUCAACGAACAAUUCGACGACGAAUAUUUCGACUAAUACAACAACGAUGAUGAACAACAACAAUAAUAACAACAACAACAACAAUAAUAAUAACAGUAUCAACAACAUCAAUAGCAUCAAUCAAGCAGCAAUAAUGGUAGGCGGAGCACCGACGAGUACGACAUUAGUUGCGACAACUCCUCAAGUUAAUUCCCUCCUACCAUCGACCACGGCCCUACAGUUGACCACCAACAACCCUGUGAAUGCUGCCAACGCAGUCAUCAAUGCAGCAUCUAACGCAGCCGCAGCAGCAGCAGCAGCCAUCGCUACUCUCACGGCUUUACCAUCGACCCUAUCCUCCUCUUCUUCAUCUUCUUCUUCUUCUUCUACCUCCUCCUCCUCGUCUAUAUGUUCCAUUUCGUCCACCACGCAACAACAACAACAACAACACCACCACCAACAACUAGUACUACAUCAACAACAACAGGCCGUCCAACCGACGACGACACCUACCUCGACGUCCACCGGUACCGUGACGGUCGCCGUUCAACCGGACAAUACCCAGCAGGCCCAGACCCAGACGCAAAGUGGUCAGGAACUUCUGGAGGCGCGGAAAAAACGGCAGGAAGAGGUGGAGAAGAUCCGACUGGAAGAGCAACAACGAAAGCAACAGGAACGCGAAUUGAAGAGGCAACAGGCGGUGAUGUUAAAGGAACAGAUGUACAUGCAGGAGCUCACCAAGCAGCGCGAGAUGCUCUACACCGUCGAGUUGGAACGAGAGAGAAGGAGACAACACAUGGCGUUGGUCAGAGCACUUGAGAAUCGUCGCAAAAUGGAAGAAAGGGAAAAGAAACGAUUAGAAGCAAGAGCCGAGAGAAUAGCAACGAAAGAGAAACGAGCUGAACAGAGGAAAAUUGAGCUGGAGUUGGUAGAACAAAUUAGGAAACCCGUAGAAGACAUGGAACUUACAGAUCACAGAACUCUGCCGGAUAUCAAGAGAAUACCUGGACUAAAAUUAUCGGGACAGGCUUUCGCUGAUAUCGUCAUGGUCUUCGAAUUUCUCCAUAAUUUUGGUGAAACUUUAGGUUUUGACAUGGAAUCCUUACCAAGUCUAAGAAGUCUACAAUUGGCAUUGUUGAACGACGAAGAAGCCGAGGAAGAAAUGCUUUCUGUGAUGACACAUCUUUUGGUGUGCGCUAUCGAGGACCCAGGCAUUCCACAGCCAGCAAGACACACAACUGGCCUUGGACAAAGUUUACGACAAGCUGACAUAACUCAUGCCAACAUAAGCGAGAUAUUAAGAAUUUAUCUUUACGCGAACGCGACAGGUGAAGUAAAAGCACUCACGGGAGUAUGUUUGGAACGUGAACGUGACAAAAGAUUCGCUGAUCAUCAUCAAAAUGGUGGCGAUUAUGCGUCUUCUUGUUCGGGCAAGAACGCUCAAUUCUUCGAGCAUAUGCAUAAAAACGAAACGUGGAAAUUGUCCGAGAGGCUCAGGGACAAACCAUUCCUUGCACUUAAUCCAACGCAUAAAGCACAAACUUUGGCGUUCCUUUGCAACGAGCUAUUGCAAAAUAAAGCUGUGAUUAGGCAAAUCGAAGGUAGCCUGGAAACGGUAGCUCAGUUGAAGAAAGAAAGAUUUGUAUUAGAUACGAAGAUCAGAAAGUUGAGACAACUGCAUAGUCGAAAAGUUAGAAUGGAAGCGGUUGGCGUCAUAGUGAACAAAACUGGUGAUACGAUUACUAUCGAAAAGAAAGAAGUUGAUGAGGAAGGAAACACAACAUCGACGGCUGUUGGUACAACACCCACUCCUGACGAGAUUCAUCACGAGGAUGAAGUUGAGGAUAUGUCAGAAAACGAAAGCGAAGGAACUCAACCGGAGGAGUCCUCUUUAAAGAAUGAUAAUCUCUGGUUGAUUCAGGAGGAGGAUAAAAAUCUGUCGGGUGAAGAACUCGGGAAAAAGUUGGAUAAACUUUUGAAGCAAUCCGAAGAACAAUUGCAAAAAUUGAAUAGCUCGUCGAAACAAUUGCGUGCUCACACGUUCGGACAGGAUAGGUAUUGGAGGAGAUAUUGGGAAUUGGCGAAUGCCGGUGGUAUAUUUGUAGAGGCUAUGGAAAGCGCGGAACCUGAGGUUUUGGAAUUGCAAGCGGAAUUAGACGAGAAGUACAAAAAUAUGCCGGUUGAGGAGAAGAUUGAGACUAAACAGGAAGAACAAGCUAAACCUAACACGGAGAACAGAGAGAAUGAAGCACCGAACGAAGCCAAGGAUGAAAAGAAAUUGAAUGCCAACGAGGAGGAUGACAAUUCGAAAUCUCAAUCUAAAGAUAAGAGGAAUACCGAUUGCGAGGAAAUCAAUUGCAAGAAGGAACCAGUGCAGAAUUGUAAUUUGGACAACUCGGGUAAUAACAUGAAAGAAGAAAGGAGACACGAUGGUGACAGUAUGAUGACGGAUGCCAAGACCAAUGUGACUUCCGAAGAAAUUAAGCAAGAAACGGAAGUUGUCAAAAUGGAGGUAGACGUGAAGAUCGAAGAAACGAAAAAAGAAAACGAAGAAAUGGACGAGGAAAUGCCGAAGAUUGUUGUCAAAAUGAUGGAAGAUAAAAUAGUCGAGACUAUACCCAACGGCGACAAAUUUAAUCACAUUAACAAUCUCCACAACGGCAAGGAACUCAACGGAACAUUCAUUUCUAUCAUGUCAAUAAUUACAGACAACAAUGCCGAGCCAAAUUGGUUCUCCAUUUUGCCACGAGAAACUUGCGAUACACCUGGACCCAGUACCAAGCAAAUCUUCGGAAUUGCUGAACCAACGGAACUCAGGAUACCAGUUUUUCCACCUCCAGCUAGUCCGAAUUAUGACAGAUGCGAUAGUCCUGCGCCAUUGAUACUCACGCAAGAUGAAGCUGUGCAACUGGAAUAUCUUAAAGUACAUGGAUUGCCACCACCUGGGGAAGCUAAACCUGUACCGAAAGAUCUGCGGUAUGGUUGGUGGAGAAUCACGGACGUAGACACGUUCCAAGAAUUAUUAGAACACUUACAUUCUCGAGGAGUUCGUGAAAAAGAAUUGAAGCGUACGACGUGGGCUACGAUGGAAUCUUUUUUGGCUGUAACCGGUAGGAUCAACGUUGACCCAGGUAAUGUCACUGCAACUGAGCUUCAAGCGGAACCCGACGAUCCCGAUACACCGAUCCCAAAACCGGAUAAUCCUGACGAUUGGAGCGAGCAGGUAGCGUUACGCGUGGAUGCACAGCUUCUCGAACAGGUCGAAGCUUUGGAGGAUAAGGUCGCUAAUGCCAGCAUGCAGGUCAAGGGCUGGAAACUUCCUCCGCGGGCAGGAACCGAGGAGGCUGAUGAAAUCGAGAAGUUAAACGAAAUGGAAAAGAUCAGUGCAGUUGAACAAGCGAGACAAAGGUUACUCUCUUUGGAAGCGGCCAUUGAAAGGAGAUACUUGAAACCACCUUUAGGAGUUUGCACGGGAGAUCCAAAUCUGGCAGCGUUGAAAGCAGAACAGGCAGCCGCCGCAAACGCCAACUCGAACAAUUCGGAUCAGAGUAAUCAGGCACCUAUUCCCCAAGAAGAGACAACACCAAGAGGGCUGAACAACUGGCGAGAAGCUACCGCACGUGCACACACAUCGGCUCAGCUAGCUAUGGCGCUUUAUAUGCUCGAGGCCAGCAUCGCUUGGGACAAGAGCAUCAUGAAGGCUGUGAGUCUAACACCAGCUAGAAACUCGGUCUGCGUCAAGCUACGAAACCGCUGCGUCUCACUCAAAGCUACCACUCAGUACAAUCAACUAUUGACUACUUCUCAGACCUCUAAUUGCCAGUUUUGUCAUAGUGGAGACAACGAGGACAAAUUAUUGCUUUGCGAUGGCUGUGACCGCGGUUAUCAUACUUAUUGUUUCCGUCCAAAAAUGGAAAACAUUCCUGAUGGUGACUGGUACUGUCACGAAUGUAUGAACAAAGCAACAGGAGAACGUAAUUGUUUGGUAUGUGGGAAGAGGGUUGGGAAAAAUUUGGUCCUCUGCGAGCUUUGUCCUAGGGCUUAUCACACCGACUGCCAUAAUCCGGUUAUGCCAAAAAUGCCAAGAGGGAAAUGGUAUUGCUCUAAUUGCCACAGUAAGCAACCAAAGAAGAGAAAUAGUAGUCGAAGGAGUCAUACCAAAGGAGGAAGCACCAGAGAGAGUGAGAGUUCUGAUCAUCCACCAGCUAGUCCAACGCCGUCAACGGCAUCGAACACGCACGUAGAGGACGUCAGUUCGUCGGAACCGGCAACCCCUACUGCAUCCCCGAGGAAGGAGGGAAACAAUAGGACCCUUACUAAGAAGCAACAACGAGAGCUGGCACCUUGUAAGCUUCUUCUUGAACAGUUGGAGCAGCAGGACGAAGCCUGGCCAUUCCUAUUGCCGGUUAACACCAAACAGUUCCCGACCUACAAGAAAAUCAUUAAGACUCCCAUGGAUCUCAGUACGAUAAAGAAGAAACUACAGGACUCUGUGUACAAGUCCCGCGAUGAAUUUUGCGCCGAUGUCAGGCAGAUGUUCAUCAACUGCGAGGUAUUCAACGAAGACGACAGUCCCGUAGGAAAGGCCGGACACGGGAUGAGAAGUUUCUUCGAAAUGCGAUGGACCGAGAUCACCGGUGCACCCCCACCCCAUACACAGACGCAUAGCUGAGGUUCGGUGCGUUCACGCAACACCUGCAACAGCUUCGCACACUUUUACUACUAGUGCGUGUGUGUGAAAAUCCAGCAGCCCAGACAGAAAGAAAAGAUAGAGGAUAGAUGAUAGAGGAUAGAAAAUAGAAAAUAAAAAAUAGAAAGAAAGAGAGAGAGAGAGAGAGAACGAGAGAGAGCGAGAGAGAGAGAAUGAGAAUGUCAGAGAGUAUGUAAAACCCGAUAAGGACGAUAAAGAGAAACAUUAGUGAAAGAGAGAGAGAGAGAGAGAGAGAGAGAGAGAGAGAGAGAGAGAGAGAGAGAGAGAGAGAAAAGGGAGAAUCAAAGGUGACGAGAAACCCACUUCCAUUUUUAGCCAAUCGGUCUCGUUCUAGCGACCGAUCGAAACUCGAUAUUAAAUAUUAUUAUUAUUAUUCUAUUAUUAUAUUAUUAUAUUAUUAUUAUUAUAUUAUUAUUAUAUUAUUAUUAUUAUUAUUAUUAUUAUUAUUAUUAUUAUUAUAAUUAUUAUAUCAUUUAUACCGAAUUGUGUCUAUUGUUUACGGUGCGUGCGUGCGUGCGCACGCGCGGACAGGCGGGUAUCCGUUGUUCACCAACAUCAUUAUUCUACCCUUCCUCAUCGUAAUUCGCAGUUAUUCGAAACUCUUCUUAUUAAGUAUAUAUGUAUAUUAUACUUCUAUGUAUAUAUAUGUAUAUACUUCUUAUAUGAUAUACUCGUUUCGUCAUUAGAAAUCGCGCUUAGGGUGACUCACGUCUCUUUGAGGACUCGUAUCUCUCUUCAUCUUUUUCUUCCUCUUCUAUUACUUCUACUACUACUACAUCUACUUCUAGUACUUCUUGUAUUUAUAAAAUCUGAAUCGAACUCGAGAUAUUCUUUAAUGGAGAAUAUCGAAUUCGAAUCGUCUUGUGUGCUCGUCGUCGAAGUUCAUUUUGAAUGAAUUUAUUAAUGUUAUUAUUAUUACUAAUAUUAUUA